AUGCAACCUAAAGUCCAACUCCAAUAAAAUGCAUAAUAAAUUUUAAAAAAAGAAAAUAUAGCUUCAUAAUUAAUUGUCGAAGACCACCUAAAGAACAUGCUAGCUAAAUCCCGAAACUGUACUUAUAAACCAUGGAAAAGUAGCAAUGCACCAAAGAAUGCGCAUUCUCCAUUUGGUGAUUAUCCCCCAGAAUAUAUUCCUACUUAAAAAUGCCUUGAAAAGAAGCAUAUUCCUAUAUACGAGGAUUCAUAAGCCGCGACAACAAUAAAUAAAUACUAGGGUUUAAGAUAAGGUACGGGUGGAAAAACAUCAACUUAAUUACCCCAUAAAUAAUUUUGUAUACCUCCCUAGCCUGUUUCUGGUGCUUUUUUAUAAAGAAAGAUUCCUCUUUCAGAAUUUCGAAGAUAUUAUGAUAGAGGUGAUUUACCUAUCAAAAUAGAUCAUUAAGGAUCUGUAAAUAAUAUUAUAUGGAAAAUAUCACCUGAAUAACUUGAUUAUCAUCAUUAUUUGCCUAUUUUCUUUGACGGAUUAAGAGAAAGAAUUGAUCCUUAUAGAUUUUUAGCUAUUUUAGGUACUAAUGAUUUACUUUAGAAAGGUUCAACUGCGCUAAAUACUAGACAUCAUGAAAUUAUUUCAAUUGUACUUAAAAUUUUAUAAAAACUAGUCUAAAGCGGAGAUAUGAUUGGAGAAGCUUUAGUACCUUAUUAUAGAUAAAUAUUACCUAUUUUAAAUAUGUUUAAAAAUAAAAACAAUAAUAUUGGUGAUUAUAUUGAAUAUGGUUAAAGAAAAAAACUCAGUUUAGGAGAUCUUAUAUAAGAAACUUUAGAAUUAUUUGAAUAAACAGGAGGAGAAGAUGCAUUUAUUAAUAUCAAAUAUAUGAUUCCAACUUAUGAAAGUUGUGUGCAUAACUGA